AUGCACAGGGUAGAAUCUCCAACCCAAGGCGAUGGGGAUGCUAAACCUGUGGAGACAGUUGGUCCUUGUAUUUUAUUUUUCCCAUCUCACACAACUGAAGAAGAGUGGAAUAAUAUCAUGAAUUUUGCCGAAAAUGGAGUUGGGUGGUCUGGGAGUGCCGCAAUGGGAAAGAUGGGACCUAUUGUGGGAUCAGUGGACAUCGGGGAAAGCGAUGAUGCCUAUUUUUUCGGGUCUCUCUUCCUGGUGUGGCAACGGAUGAAAGUAAAGGAAUUCAGUUGUGACAUCAAACCUGAUGGUAAGGUGCUUAUAAAAGGAGUCACCACGGCUGACUCAAAAUCUAUGUCCACCGGGUCACACUCCAUCUCCUUCCUGCUACCUGGUCCAGUUUAUCCCCAACCGAUUUCUAGUAACUCUGGCAUCAAUGGGAUGCUCGAGAUGAUCGUUGGCUUCCUGAGAGAAGGCAACAUACAAUCUCUAGCAUUUGAAGAAGAUGUGAGAACCAAAUUCUACCCAAAUUAUUUUGCUUUGCUAGCAUUUGUAGAAGAUGUGAGGUUAAUUGGUGCUGCUGCAACCUUGUCAUGUUAA